AGGACUCGACACGACAAGUGUAUCUAUUCAUACCCCGUGGCCCCCUCUUUUUGUAAUUCUUGUUGCCUUGUUGUAUCUCGAAUGCGUACAAGGUCAAGGUGUCAAAGUUUCUGAUAUGAAUUAAUAGUUUGCAGCGAUUGCACUCGUGAAUAUUAAUUUCGUUGAGGAGAUCGAUCCAGCAACAGAGGUACAUACAUAGCGCACAGGAGCUGCACGCACAGAAAAUUAUAUCAAAUGGAGGCCCGACAGCGGUAUGUGCAAGAUGAGGCGCGAACCCUGCGUCGCGUUGGGUCCAAGAAGAUAGAAGGGGAGCUCACAGAGGAGCAAAUAGCCGACUACAAGGAGGCUUUCUCAUUUUUCGACCGCGAUGGGGACGGUGUCAUCCACAAAUCGGACGUGGACACGGUGAUCAAGGAGGUCGGGGACCGAACCUCGGAGGGGGAGAUGCGCAAGCUCCGCGAAGAUCCCUCCUUCGGCACCGGGGAAGUCGGCAUCGGAUUUGCGGAGUUUCUGUCCAUGAUUAUGCGUCGGCAGCACGGUCCUAAAGACGAGGACAACGAGAUGCUGGACACGUUUGAAUUGCUUUGCCCGGAAUCCCAGCGGGAACUGCCGCUGUCCCAAAAAUUUCUGCUCACCGAGCGGGUCCGGGAACUGUUGCAGCCGAAGAGCAUGGGCGAGAAGAUUUCGCGGCGCGAGAUGGAGUCCCUGAUGAACAUCGCCGAUCCGCGUGGCAUAGGACGCGUGUAUCUGGAGAACUUCGCCGCCCUUUUCCGGCGGCGCCCCGACGAUGAAAACGAGGCCGGGCCCCACCUGCAGAGGCACGCAGCCUCGGGGGGAUCGCUGCUGUCUGAGGAGGCGGCGGAUAUUCUGGAUGGGAACCUGAUGGCGGCUAGCGACGGAAGAGGGUCAUCGCCGCUCACCGCCGUUCGACACAGAGCGUAG